UAAUAAGCAUUUUUUGGGGACAUAUUUGAUUGUGAGUCUUGGGUUUUUGUAAAUCAAUUCUGUGAUCUUGAAUGACAUAGCCUGGGUUCAGGCUACUUUGUUCAUACGUACGGGAGCUCUUGGUUGACAUUUCGUGUGACUAAAAGCUGGCCUUGUCCAGCAUGGCACUGCUGUCAGCCUUUUGGGCACGCUCCCAGUCGGUAGCCAUGGGGAGGAAUUUUUUACUCCUUUUAGUAGUACCUAAGUUAUUAGUUAUUAUCUGGAAUUUCAUUAUCUGGUUAAUAACUAUGAUAAAAGUUACACACGUCCACUGGUUUUAUCAUGGUUUUAUAAGUACUUUAAAUAGUUCAGUCCUAAAAUAGCCGAAUUUACUACAAAUGGAAAAUUAUUAUUAGGGGUUAAAGUAUGAAAUUGCCGUUUUGUUCUUGUAGGUUUUUGAAUUGCCAUAGAUAGUCUUCAUGGUUUGAAGUUUUCGAAUGAAACUUUUUUCACAUGGUUUCUGUGAUGUUCUUUUAAAAAAUGUGAGACAUUUGAUUACCUAUCGAUGUUUAAUUGUUUUUGUUAUUCAACUUAAACAAGAAAGAUGGAUAGGUAGGUACUGCGAAAAUGUGACUAAUUUUUGAAUAUGAGUUCCGACGCGGAAGUACACGGCAGAAACAGCCCGCAAUAUCAAUGCUGCAUUUGAAGAGGUGUCUGCUAAUAAACGCACCGUGCGAUUUUGGAUUAAACGCUUUCGUGGUGGAAACUUCAACUCGAAGAACGAGCCACGAGGAAGACCGCCUGACAGGUGAUUAACGAGGAAUUAAGAGAGAUGGUGAAAGCCGAUCCUAGUCAAACUACGCAGAUACCCAGUCGAACACCGAAUAAUGUUGAAAAAAUUUGCAGUAAAACAGCCACGACUCAUGAAUCGACCUUCACCGUUAUUGCUCCAUGACUACGCGAGACCUCAUACAGCAAGAGAAACCGUUUUAACUCUUCAGGAACUGCAGUUGGAAACUAUUCAUCUUCCUCCAUAUUCGCCAGACCUUGCUCUAACGGACUACCAUUUUUUUUUUGUGAUUUGGCCAAUUAUAUGCGAGACAAGAAGUUUUCUUCCCAGGAGGCAGCACAAAAUUCUUUCAACCAGUUUUUGCAGUCUAGAUCCUCAGAGUUCUAUCGUAAAGGCAUAAAUGACCUUCCUAUUAGAUGGCAGCACUGUAUAGAUCAUAAUGGCAAAUAGUUUGAUUAAAUAAUUUUGUUAAAAAAAAAAACAAUUUAGAUUUUCAGUAAUUUUCAAUUUCAUAUUUUAACCCCUAUUAUUUGUAAGAUUUGUACAUGGGUGUCAUUGAACAUCCUUGGCAGUCGUUACGGGUAGUCAGAAGCCAGUAAGUCUGACACCAGUCUAACCAAGGGGUAUCGGGUUGCCUGGGUAACAGGGUUGAGGAGGUCAGAUAGGCAGUCGCUUCUUGUAAAGCACUGGUACUCAGCUGAAUCCGGUUAGACUGGAAGCCGACCCCAACAUGAUUGGGAAAAAGGCUCAGAGGAAUGUACAUGGGGCGGCGGAAAUAAAGUAGCCUAUAUUCUCUUUAGGAGUGGCUCGGGAGGAGUCAUGGCGACCUCACGUACCGCAUGACGCAGGUCCUCACCAAACACGGUGUCCGGUGUGCCUGCAUUGAAUCGGUCUUGAGGAGGCGCCCGGGUGUCACCACUGUGCGGACAGCCCAGAAGACACGGUGGACCACGACGGCUUCUCGCAUCCAGCCCUGGUUCGGGCCAUGGUUCGGGUCGAGAGGGAGACGGCGGAAUGACAGAGAGUUCGCACCUCUCAUCCCGGCCGCCGCGCUGGACCAGGUAGACACCACGGGCGCCGGGUGUCGCGAAACGACUCCCAGCCACCGUUUUCAGUAUUUGAUGUUAUAGUGGAAACAGAAAUACAUCAUCAGUGAAAAUUUCAACUCUAACUAUCACGGGUCAUGAGAUACAGCCUGGUGAUGGACGGACGGACAGAGGAGCGAAAACAAUAGGGUCCUGUUUUACCUUUUGGAUACGGAAUUCUAAAAAGCUGGUAGUAGGCAGGUAUAAUCAUCGGCAAGGAUAUUAAGCCCUGACCUUCACCUGCGCAGAAGUGAUUUAUUGGGUUAUUGCCUUAAGUGUUCAGUGGGCAAAGCGAUCCCCACUGUUCCGCCGAGAGCUCAUUAUCCGUGCCGAUAACUAUAAGUACCUAUCUAACAUCUGAUAUUUCAUGAUGUUGUCAUCAUCUAGUUAUGAUCUUUCAGUAAAUAAUCCUGAACCAGAACCACAACUCACAAGCUCGAAUUACAGAGACAUCCCUGUAAUUAAGUACCGAAAAUACGUUGACAACCAAAUAAAAUAGCUAGGUAGGUACUUAUAAAUGAAGAAUGAAACUUCCCAGAAGGCAAAGUGUUGUAGGCAUAGUACCCAGAGGCAGUGUGCGGCGCGGGGUCGGACCGCGGGGCGCGGGCUCGGGGCGGGCAGGCGGCGCGCGGCAGUGGCGCGAGUGCGGUGGCGCGAUGCACUCGUUCGUGAGGGCGGCGACACUGGCGGCGCUGCUGGCGCUGGCGGCGGCCGCGGCGAGGCGCGCCGACCAGGACUUCGAGUUCGACGACGACGCGACUCGCUGUGCCGCUCGCUGGUGUGCAAGAAGCGCGAGGUGUGCGUGCUGCGCGACGCCUUCACUGCGCUCUGCGCUACCAAGAAGGAUAUACUGCGCCGAGGUGACAUACUAGUGGCGGCUAGCGGCGGCGGAGGGGGCGGCGGAGGGGACGGCGAGGCGGGCGAGUGGGAGCGCGACGACGACGACGACGUGUUCUACGACGCACGCGACGCCGAGCCCGGCCUCGACGCAGACGACGCCAAACGGUGCGUGGGCUGCCCGGGGCGCGCGCGCGCGCAGUUCCUGUGCGGCUCCGACAACCGCACGUACUCGUCGCUGUGCCGCCUGGACCUGCACAACUGCGUGCGGCGGCCGGCGCGGCCCGUGCGGCUGGCGUGCCGCGGCUUCUGUCCGUGCCGCCGCCGCGCGCGCCGCCCCCCGCCGGAUUGGCGACGACGAAAAUCUGAAUCAUCUCACAAUGAAGUUCUGCCCGAAAGGCAAUCCAGACGGCGCCUAGCUCAAGGAUCCGAAGGCUGUGCACUGGACAAGAUGGCGAAUCGACUCUUAGACUGGUUUUCGGUGCUGAUGGACGAAGCGGGAGCGACGGCUCCUCCGGCAGACGGGUUCCCCGGCGACUGCAAGCCGGAGGUGCGCUGGAUGUUCGCGCACCUGGACGCGGACGGCGACGGGCUGUUGUCGGCCGGCAACCUGUACGCGCUGCGGCACGACGAGCGCGAGCGCUGCCUGCGCCCCUUCCUGGCGUCGUGCGGCGCGGCGGUGUCGCGCGCGGCGUGGUGCGGCUGCAUGCGGCGCGCGGCGCGGCCGUGUGCAGCACUCGCGCGGGCACACCCCGCCGCGCCCGGCGCCUACGUGCCGGCGUGCGACGCGCGCGGCUACUACCGGCCGCGCCAGUGCCACGCGGCGCUGGGCGUGUGCUGGUGCGUGGACGCGCACGGACAGGAGCUCGCCGGCUCGCGCACUAAGGGCGCCCCCGCCUGCCCCGGCGAGAAGGGCUCGGAGGGCGCGGAGGGGGCGCCGGCGGACGACGAGGACGGCGGCGGCAGCGGCGACGCCGAGCUGCGCUUCUAGCCGCCCGCGCCUGCCAUCCGUACACACACGAAGAGCGCUGUCGGAUAACUCCGUAGUACUUACAAGUCUUCCACAGAAGACUUCUCUCAAAUCAUACCUACCUAAUGUAGGCAUUGUACGUAACCACUCUGACAAAGGAAACCUAGCCACUGAACGUGUGAACAAAGCCGUGAAUAUGUAUAAAAUAUUUACAAGUUUAGCUACUUAGGUAUACCUACAAAUUAAUGGUACAAAGGUACCUCUUUACUUAGGUACGUAUCAAUAAUAGGCACCUAUAAAAGUGCGUAGGUACCUACAUAGGCCACUAUCGUGAAGGCAACAGGUAAGUACCUACUUACCUAGAAUUUAAGCACUACCUUCUACUUAUGAAUGGGAUGUAUAUGUCACCGUAAGAUUACAAACAUCGUUAGAUUACAAUCUAUCUCGAGAGAUUGUAAACUGUCGAAUUAUUGUGAACCGUAACAUCUGAUUACAAUUUACCGUAUGAUUUUUCGCUAUAUUAUAAUCUAUCAAUGUAAAGCGGUCAAAUUGUCAACUGGCGUAGAACGGAAUGCAUCUUGCGCGCUGAGUAGUAGAACGUAAUGUGCCCCCGCCGCUCCCGCCAUUUUGUUUGUUUAUUUCGUUUGUUGUCGAUUGUGUAAACAACUGUGUUUUCGUGAUUAUAAAUUGAUUUCCUGUUGAAAAUAACUUAUAUCUAUAGAAUUAGUUAUAUAAAAGUAUACGGGAACUCCAUGGGAACAGAACGGCUGGUCGUGAUUGGUCGAUCUUACAAAAGGACUGACCAAUCAGGGAGAGCUUUUGGACAGUUGACAAUUUGACAAUUUCUCAUCGAUAGAUUAUAAUAUAGCGAAAAAUAAUGCGUUAAAUUGCAAUCAGAUGUUACGGUUCACAAUAAUUCGACAGUUUACAAUCUCUCGAGAUAGAUUGUAAUCUAACGAUGUUUGUAAUCUUACGGUGACAUAUACAACGUACCUAAUUAAUGGUAGGUACAGCAGGUGCAUAGUUCUAUGUAACAACUCGUAGUACCCACAUAUUUCAAUGUAGAAGAAAUAAAAUGUCUAUAAAUAGGUAAACAAUAAGCUGUUACCUAUAUUCACGUUAUAUAACCCUGUAUUCUAUAGUUGUCCAGGGUGUGAGAUUAAUAGGUGACUAUUUGGCCUAAUUCAUAAUCUUCUAAGAUUAAUCUAUGCAUUACUUAACUGAUCUAUUUUAUUUACAUGAUUAGCCGUCCUCCACAAAUCGGAAAGUUAUAGGUCAUA